AUGAGUGAUUCAAUAACUGAGUCAAACUCCUUUGAAAGAAAUGCGAAUGCUGUAGUUUUAGAUCAUAAAUAUUUUCUCGUGCGUUUAAUUUACAAGGGCCGAAGUCAUAACUUGUAUUUAGGUAAUUAGGUAGAUCUAAUAGGAAGUGUAGCUUUAAAUAAGGAUGAUCCGAAUAUGUACUAUUUGGUAGAAAUGAAAAGGUAUAAUGAUUUACAAUAUAACAUAGUUAGGAGCAAUACAAUUCCUUUGUUUGUGACGAAAGAAUCAUUAAAAAAAUGCAUGACUGUACUAAUCAUAAAAGUAGUCUUUUAGUGCAAAUCAUUCCAAAGACAAUACAACAAGGAAUAUACAAAUUCAAGAAUAUGGAAUAUCGCUACAAUAUAAAGGAAAGAUGCGGGCCUUCUCUUAAACUUUGCUUUCAACAUCAAAAUCGGAAGUUUUCUGAUCAAGUGUUUGCAACUCUGGCAAUCGAAGCGGUAAGAUUGAGAACCUAUUACCAGAUAUCUGUGUUGGAGAAAAUGCAUUCUGCAUCGUUGGUUCAUUGCUAUUUAAAACCGAAGAAAUUUGUGACAAUGCACAGGGGAGUUCAACUGCUUUUAACUGACUUAAAGUUCGCCCAAAAAUACAAAUUGAGACAGUUACUAAACUAGAAUACUAAAAACAAGUUCCAAUACGCUUUAGCAUUAAACAAAUAUUCAAGUCUAAAUCUGCACCUAGGGAUAAGUAAUGCAUAUUAGUUAAAUUAAGAACCUUGUCCCAGAGAUGAUCUGGAAUCCCUGGCAUAUAUCCUAAUUAAUUUUUACAUUGGAGGUCGACUGUUUAAAACAAAGCAGAAGAAAACGAAGAGUGAUAAAAUUAAAGAAGUGGAAUUAUAGAAAAUGAAUCUGAUAAUUGAGAAGGCAUUCCCAUCUCUACCUAAAGAAAUAAUUUAAUUUUAUUAUCAUGUAAAAUUGUCCAAUAUUGAUUAAUACAAAGUGAUCAACUAUGAUGAACUUAAGGCAUACUUUUAUAAAUUGAUGCAAAAAAACAACAAUACAACCAAUUUAAAAUCGUAUCCAUGGGUAAUGCUAUUUAAAUAUCAAAAUGAAGAAUCAUGAAGUGAUUGAACCUCAAAAGCAGAACUCUCUAAGUAGUUUAACUUCGGUUGUCGAAGAUGACGAAAACGAAUCCGAUGAUUCAUUAAUAGAAGAGCAGUCAAUUCUGAGUGUUAUAGAGUAGUUGAAACAAAUUACUAAAACUAAAAAACUACUCUCUGAUUUGGAUAAUUGA